CGAAAGCUUACUCUAAAUGACUUAAUAAUGUGAAUAUAGAAGUUUUAUUAGUUUCUGAGCCUAAUUUUUAGAUUAUAUAUCUAAUUUAAUAAAGUUUAAAAGAAAAACCUGUUCAUGAUGUCGCGAGCGAGUACCUCACAGUCACCACCUGUUGUUGCUUCCAUUAACGAUGUCAGUGCAUUAUUUCAAAAUGCACAGAAAUAUGAAGAACUGAGUCUAAUUGGUACAGGUGCAUAUGGGACAGUGUAUAAAGCUCGCGAUCUUCAUAAUGGAGGUCAGAUUGUAGCUAUGAAGAAAGUUAAAGUGGCCCUCACAGAGGAUGGGAUACCACUCUCAACUGUACGAGAGAUUGCCUUGUUAAGACAACUUGAGGCGUAUAGACAUCCCAAUAUAGUCAGACUGCUAGAUGUCUGCCACGGAGGGCAGUGUUUGGAGCGAGACCAGCAGCUAGUACUAUUCCUUGUGUUUGAACAUGUGGAACAGGACCUUGACUCUUUCCUUAGUCGAGCACCGGGACCACUUCCAGAAAGCAGGAUUAGAAGCAUGUCCCACGAUAUAAUAUCAGGGGUGGACUUCUUGCACUCUCAUCGCAUUGUGCACCGAGAUCUCAAACCUCACAAUCUUCUAGUGACGGCGGCUGGACGAGUCAAGCUAGCUGACUUCGGUCUCGCCAAGACCUAUGAUGUAGAGAUGAAGCUCACCAGUGUUGUGGUGACGCUGUGGUACCGCCCCCCGGAGGUGCUGCUGGGGGCGCGCUACUGCUCGGCGCUGGACGUGUGGUCGGCGGGCUGCGUGCUGGCGCAGCUGCACACGCGCCGCCCGCUGCUGCCCGGCGCCUCCGACUCCGAUCAGCUGCACCGUAUCUUUAGAUUAAUAGGUCGGCCCCCUCGCUCGGAGUGGCCUGACAACGUAUCCAUAGAGCUGGACAGUUUCCCGAGCUACCCUCCACAGGACCUGGCCAGAAUCCUGCCCAGGAUACAUCCUCAUGCAUUAGAUCUUAUCAAGGGCAUGCUGGUGUUUGACCCGUCCAAGCGGCUGACGGCGAUGGACUGCCUGGAGCACCCUUACUUCACGGAGGAGCCGGUCGCGUAGUCCACUGCGACCCUCAACAUCAGCCGCCGCCGCUAUGGGCGACAUCAAACUACCUACUUACUAAAACAUUGUGAACACAGUGAACUUUGUCGGGAGUGUCGUUUUUAGGCGCGACACACACGCAGCAGCAACGUACUGCCGUUACGUGAUAUUUGACUCAUAAAUGAAGGUGACCGGCGGGCGAUGACCUCGAGCGUCAUGUCAUUUACAAAUGUGUUACAUUGCGUGCUGAGCCAAAACAAUAGUUUUUGUUUAAAUUAGUACAUAUACUAUGCUAUAUGUAAUUAUAAUCAUACAAAAGUUGAAGUCCUCAACAGCAGGGCAAGAAGGUUUCGUCUCUGGAAGAUAUUCUCUUCCCUUUAGAAAUGUUCACGCAAGUGCUAGUUCCCAUACAUAGACCAUAAUCACAGACACCUCAAGACUUUUGGAACAGCGCCCUAGCGGCAAAGGUCCUUACCUGGGCGCAUAAAGGGUGUAUUUAAACUGUUUUCACGCCAGACAACAAUAGUCCAUUGUACAUCUAAGUUCCUUUACUGUCAAUGCGUGUGAUACUUACUCCGCGCUGGUCCUCUGGUGACUGACAAGCGACUACGCGUCACAUAAGUCGCUAAACGAUCCCGCCCAGUUACUUUAAAAACACAUCUGUUAUACCAAGCAGUAAUGCGUUUCGGUUUGAAGGGUGGGGCAGCCGUUGUAACUAUACUGAGACCUUUGAACUUACAUCUUAAGGUGGGUGGCGCAUUUACGUUGUAGUUGUCUAUGGGCUCCAGUAACCACUUAACACCAGGUGGGCUGUGAGCUCGUCCACCUAUAUAAGCAAUAAAAAAAAACCUCCAGGGCCCCUGUUUAUUUCUAGACACUUUUUAAACUCAACAAGAUGAUAGACAGCCGUCGCCGGCGGGUGACCCGUCCACCAGUUGUACAAGAAGAGUUGAGGGGCGGCGCCACCUCUCGACACCUGGAGAGUCCUGAUUGAGAGGAAAUCCUACAAAUAUAUUUAGUGAGAGAUCGAGACGCGUGCCUUAACGUUGAUAGUGUUGUCCUGCUCGCACACAGGUGACGCGGUGGUGUAGAGUGAGAUAGAACAGUUUAGAAUUUAAGUUGUUAAAAUUGUUGAGACCUAAGACUAUUACGUGUGCUGAGAAC